UGGAAAGCGUAAAACCGGCAGCUGUAUAUUUGGCUCGAAUGUAUAUAUAGUUAUACACCGUUUUUCCUUGGGCAAAUGCAAUCCUCCCGUUCAGUCCCUCACAGCCUCACUCGGCUUAACGACUUCAGUUCUUUUCCCUUUUAUAUUUAUAUAUAUUUUGCUCUCACUCAGACCAGCAAAGCUGCAGCAGAAGGCUUUCUGCAGUUAAACAGAAUGGACUCCUCUCGCCGGAGAUCAGCGCUUCCUUCUGGAUUUCUUUCAUUCGUUUCCUUGUUUCAGGUUUUAUUGAUUAUACAAGUGGCCGUUUCGCAGCCGAGCAAUAAUGAACUAAGGCAGAGACAUGCUGAAGGAUAUUGUGCAAUGUAUGACAUUUGCGGAGCACGAAGUGAUGGCAAAGUAGUAAACUGUGCUUCUGGUUCUCCUGCAGUAAAGCCUGAUGAGUUACUUUCGUCCAAGAUUCAAAGUUUGUGCCCAACAAUCACCGGAAAUGUUUGUUGUACAGAAGCUCAAUUUGAUACACUACGGAGUCAAGUCCAGCAAGCAAUUCCUUUCCUUGUAGGCUGUCCAGCAUGCUUGAGAAACUUUUUGAAUCUGUUCUGUGAGCUCUCAUGCUCUCCAAAUCAAAGUUUGUUCAUCAAUGUGACUUCUGUGUCUCAGGUCAGAAAUAAUUUGACUGUGGAUGGAAUUGACUUUUACAUAACUGAUGAUUUUGGUGAGGGUUUGUAUGAAUCUUGCAAGGACGUCAAGUUUGGUACCAUGAAUACUCGUGCUAUGGAAUUUAUUGGUGCUGGUGCUAAAAAUUUCAAAGAGUGGUUUGCUUUCAUUGGUAGGCGAGCACCGAAUAACUUGCCAGGUUCACCAUAUGCCAUUCAAUUCCUGCCAACUGUUCCUGAUUCAUCUGGGAUGAAACCUAUGAAUGUAUCCACUUAUUCAUGUGGAGAUGUUUCACUGGGCUGUUCUUGUGGUGAUUGCGCUUCAUCUCCUGUCUGUUCUAAUACAGCUAUAUCUACUUCCAAUAAUGGGGCUAAAUGUUCAGUUCGAAUUGGAUCUCUUAAGGCCAAAUGUGUCGAUUUAGCUUUAGCAAUCCUCUAUGUUGUAUUGGUUUCUGUGUUUUUCGGAUGGGGCUUGUUCCAUCAGACAAGAAAAAGAAGUCGAUCUUUUCGAAUGAAACCAUUUUUGGAUACAACAGAUGGUGGUCAAUCUGAUUCUCUUAAUAGGCAAAAAGCAGAGAACCUCCCCAUGCAGAGGCUAGAAGAUGCCAAUCAAAUUAGCACUGCGGUUCGACUUUCUGUCGUGCAAGGAUACAUGUCAAACUUUUACAGGAAAUAUGGACUAUGGGUUGCUAGACAUCCAACCCUUGUAUUGAGUUUGUCCGUGGGAAUGGUUCUUCUACUUUGCUUGGGCCUAGUCCGUUUCAAGGUGGAAACACGACCAGAGAAGCUAUGGGUAGGACCUGGGAGUAAAGCUGCAGAAGAGAAACGGUUUUUUGACAGCAACCUAUCUCCUUUUUACAGAAUUGAGCAGCUAAUACUAGCAACAAUUCCAGAUCCCUUGGAUGGUAAAUCGCCCAGCAUUGUGACCGAAGAAAACAUUAAGUUGUUAUUUGAAAUUCAGAAGAAGGUUGAUGGAAUCCGGGGAAAUUAUUCUGGCUCAAGGAUAUCUUUGACAGAUAUUUGCAUGAAGCCGAUGGGUGAGGAUUGUGCCACACAAAGUGUUAUACAGUAUUUCAAAAUGGAUCCAAGUUAUGAUGCUGAUGAUCGACUGGAUCAUGUCAACUAUUGUUUUCAGCAUUAUACCUCUGCAGAAUCAUGUAUGAGUGCUUUUAAAGCACCAGUUGAUCCUAGCACCGUAUUAGGAGGUUUCUCUGGGAGCAACUAUACUGAGGCUUCUGCAUUUAUAGUAACUUAUCCGGUAGACAAUGCUCUUGACAAAGAAGGGAAUGCAACUCAAAAGGCUGUGGCUUGGGAGAAGGCCUUUGUUCAGUUAGCAAAGGAUGAGUUGUUGCCUAUGGUGCAAUCUAAAAAUUUGACAUUUUCGUUUUCUUCGGAAAGCUCCAUCGAGGAGGAGUUGAAAAGAGAAAGCACUGCAGAUGCCAUAACCAUAUUGAUAAGCUAUCUUGUGAUGUUUGCUUACAUAUCUCUGACCUUGGGUGAUACGCCUCGAUUAUCUUCCUUUUACAUUUCAUCUAAGGUGUUGCUUGGCCUUUCUGGUGUUGUGCUUGUCAUGCUCUCAGUUCUUGGAUCAGUAGGAUUUUUCAGUGCUGUUGGAGUAAAAUCUACCCUAAUCAUUAUGGAAGUUAUUCCUUUUCUUGUUCUUGCAGUUGGAGUGGACAAUAUGUGCAUACUGGUGCAUGCUGUUAAGCGGCAACCUUUGGACUUACCUCUAGAAGGAAGAAUAAGCAACGCACUUGUGGAAGUGGGACCAUCGAUAACACUUGCUAGUCUAUCUGAGGUUUUUGUGUUUGCAGUUGGAAGUUUCAUUCCUAUGCCAGCGUGUCGAGUAUUUUCCAUGUUUGCAGCACUGGCCGUUUUGUUGGACUUCCUUCUGCAGGUCACUGCUUUUGUUUCUCUGAUAGUGUUUGACUUUUUGCGAGCCGAGGGUAGAAGGGUUGAUUGUUUUCCAUGUAUAAAAGCAUCAUCGACAUAUGCUGAAUCCGAGAAAGGCAUUGGUGGGAGAAAACCUGGGCUAUUGCUUGUUUGUUUCUGUUUUCACUUUCAGGUGGUACAUGCUCCCAUUCUCAGUCUUUGGGGAGUGAAAAUUUUAGUCGUUUCUGUUUUUGUUGCCUUUUCAUUGGCUAGCAUUGCAUUGUCCACACGAAUCGAGCCUGGUUUGGAACAAAAGAUAGUUCUUCCCCAAGACUCAUAUCUUCAGGGCUAUUUCAAUAAUGUUUCAGAGUAUCUCAGAAUUGGGCCGCCACUGUAUUUUGUCGUGAAGAACUAUAAUUAUAGUUCAGAAUCAAUAGAUACGAAUAAAUUGUGCUCCAUCAGCCAAUGUAACUCAGACUCUCUUUUAAAUGAGAUAGCUAGAGCAUCCUUGACACCAGAAUCAAGCUAUAUUGCUAAGCCAGCUGCUUCAUGGCUUGAUGAUUUUCUUGUAUGGGUAUCUCCGGAAGCAUUCGGUUGCUGUCGGAAAUUUACUAAUGGGAGUUAUUGUCCCCCUGAUGAUCAGCCUCCUUGUUGCUCUGCCAAUGACUCUACUUGUGGGUUGAGUGAAGUAUGCAAAGACUGCACCACGUGUUUCCGUCACUCAGAUUUACAUAAUGAUCGACCCUCUACGGCUCAGUUUAAGGAGAAACUUCCAUGGUUCCUUGAUGCUUUACCUUCUGCUGAUUGUUCAAAAGGUGGACAUGGAGCUUACACUAGCAGUGUGGAACUUCAAGGAUAUGAAAAUGGUAUUAUUAAGGCAUCAUCAUUCCGCACCUACCAUACACCCCUCAAUAAGCAGAUUGAUUAUGUUAACUCAAUGAGGGCUGCUCGACAAUUUGCUUCAAGGGUUUCAGAUUCUUUAAAGAUGGAAAUCUUCCCAUAUUCCGUGUUUUAUAUGUUCUUUGAGCAAUACCUUGAUAUAUGGAAGACAGCUCUCAUCAACCUUGCAAUUGCAAUUGGUGCGGUAUUUAUUGUUUGUUUAGUUAUUACAUGCAGUUUGUGGACCUCAGCGAUCAUCAUGCUGGUGUUGGCAAUGAUUCUCGUUGAUCUUAUGGGUGUGAUGGCUAUUCUCGGAAUUCAACUCAAUGCGGUCUCGGUUGUUAAUCUUGUUAUGUCAGUUGGCAUUGCAGUUGAGUUCUGCGUGCAUAUAACACAUGCGUUUUCGGUAAGCAGCGGGAAUAGAGAUGAAAGGGUAAAGGAAGCUCUGGGUACGAUGGGAGCUUCUGUCUUCAGUGGAAUCACUUUGACAAAGCUAGUAGGGGUGCUGGUUCUUUGCUUCUCAAAGACGGAAGUUUUUGUGGUCUAUUACUUCCAGAUGUACCUAGCGUUGGUCCUUCUAGGUUUCUUACACGGGCUUGUAUUUUUGCCGGUGGUGUUGAGCAUGUUUGGUCCACCGUCUAGAUGUAUAAAAAUCGAGAAACAAGACGAGCGGCCGUCGGUUUCAUCACAGCCUUAAUGCGAUAAUCUUUGACACGAAUUACCACUUUUGUCGAGAUUUUACAAAUCUAUUUGUGCCUGAUAUAGAAACUGCAUGUACCGCCAGAGCAAAGGAUUAAAGACAACAGAAAAAAUUAAGAAGAAAAAACUGUUCACCCCAUCCCAUCACAACAUGUAAAGCUUUGUUUAAAGCAAGGAGGAACAAAGUAAUAGGAAAAUCAUAUAUUGGCUGCUGCUGUUGUCAAUAUUUUAAGGUAGCUGAUUCAUGUAACCUAAAAAGUUAAAAUUACUUGG